AUGGAGACAUCGUAUCCCAGAGAGUCGGAGUCGGGGAGUGAGACUACUCGUGGAAGUCAGGAAGAGGUUGAUAAUAAUGAAGCCCUCAGCCCCCUCCAUUCUGAUUUGCCACCUACUACAGAUGCUGAUCUUGGGGAUACAAAUCUCCCUGCUUCUUCGUCCCCAACAUUACCUGUCCUCCCCGAUGACAGUGGUGCGAUUGUGGGAGCUUCUGAUUCUGUCUUGGCAAACAGCAGUCCUUUGGAAUCAACCUCUGCAGUCGAGGAAGAGAAGGAUUCUGAUCAGGCCAACAACAAUCCGGCAAAAUCAACCACUGCAGUCGAGGAACAGAAGGAUUCUGAUGAGGAGGUUUUGUGUGCCAAACCUCUGUCCUUUGUUGAUGGCAAGGCCGCCCCUGUUGUCCCCUCGAAUGUCUGUUUGAAGGCUGGUAGGAGGAGCAAAAGGCUUAGAACCUUUUCUAGUAAAUUAGAUGAGAGGUUCCAUUUCGAUAAGAAAAUUAAGGGCUUAGUUGGCCACCCUUCCCCGUUGGUAGUAGGAAGUAAUCAAUGCGUUGACCCUGAGGAACGAUUCCAAGGAUCUCUUAAAAAACUCAAGGCGACAAGUUCUGUUUCCCUGGGUGGGGAUAUUUUGCUUGCUAACAAGGAUAUUUUUGAAUUGAUUGAGCGGAAAAAACAUCUCAACAACAAGGUCUUGGAUGCACUAAUCAAGUUCAGUCGGCAUAUAUUGAGGGUUGAUGAUGGUGACGGUGAGAAGUUGCGUAUUGAAGUCCUCGAUUCGAAGUUUGUUUCCCAGCUAACUCGUCUUUAUUACAAGUUUUCCAAAUCUGAUCCCCUUGGAAAUUUCAUUUUCCCAUCCCCAUUGAUUGAUAUUUUACGUGGAGCUGGGGAUCCUGAGCGGGUUGAAUUAUUUUCCGAGGCUGAUUUUCAUUACCUGCCGUUUAACUUCGACAAAAAACAUUGGGUUGCAUUGUGUGUUGACCUCAAUGGCGGCAAGAUUGUAGUCCUUGACUCUAAUUAUCAGCUCCGUAAAGAUGCAGCUCUACAAUCUGAACUUCAGCCUCUUGCUGUCAUGCUGCCUUUCCUUCUCAAACAAGCUGCAUUUAAUCCGUCUAUGAAGCAGUUGCCUGUUAACCCAUUUUCUAUUGAACGUCCUCUGUCGAUCCCUCAGGUUUCAUCUCCAUUUGAUUCUGGGGUUGUAUCUGUCUUCUUAAUCCAUGUGCAUGCCACUGGAGGUCUGGAGGAGUGUAAUGAUUUUGACGUUGGGGCGAUUGAGAGUGAAGUGAAAAAGCUCGUUUGUGCCAUAAUGAUUGCCGGUGUUGCUUCCUAACCGUUUUAUUAGCGGUCUUAGUUGUUUCUUAUCCUGAACCAAUCUCUUACAUCUUUUAAUGUUUGGUUAUUGCUACCUUUUUAAUUUCUUGGUAUGUUACUAUUUUUAAGU